UGGAAAAAAUUCCGAUUUUCCCCCCUCAUUUUUCCCAUAAAAAAAGUGAAAAAAAUCCCCUUCGAGCACCCAGAACCCCCCAAAAAAUAAAAAUCCCGCGCCCGCCUCCUCCCUUCUCCUUUUUUCCUGUUUUUUACCACUUUGCCUGGUUUUUUCCCUGAAAUUUUACCUCCCCCCACCCCAAAACCGCAUUUAUUUUUAGCAGCCAAUUGGAGACGAAGGCGGAGGGAAAAAUAAACUGGAAAAAAAAAAGAGGCAAAAAACCCCAAAAUCGGGAUUUUGCCGGAGCUGCAGCGAUGGGGGGGAAGCGGGGGCUGCUCCUGGCGCUGCUCCUGCUCCCAGGGCUCGCCCGGGGGUUCAACAUCGACGUGGGGCGGCCGAGGCUCUUCCGGGGGCCACCGGAGUCCCAGUUUGGCUACCGGGUGCUGCAGCGGGGGGGCCGCGGGGACAGGUGGCUCCUGGUGGGGGCCCCGUGGGACGGCGACGGCCGAGGUGACGUCUACAAGUGCCACAUGGGACCCCAGAACUCCUCCUGUGCCAAGGCCAACCUCGGCGCUGCCGUGCCGUGGCUCAGCAGCAGCGCCGGCCACCUCGGCAUGACCCUGGCAGACUCCGAGGACGGCGGGGUCGUGGCGUGUGCCCCGCUGUGGUCGCAGGAAUGUGGCACCUCCGUGUUCAGCACCGGCCGCUGCCUCCGGCUGGACCGGGAGCUCCGGCCCGUGGGCACCGUGGCACCCACAGCGCAGCGCUGCCCCACCUUCAUGGACAUCGUCGUGGUGCUGGACGGCUCCAACAGCAUCUACCCCUGGGAGGAGGUGCAGGCGUUCCUGGGCAACAUCCUGGGCCGCUUCUUCGUCGGGCCCGGGCAGACCCAGGUGGGGGUGCUGCAGUACGGGGAGCACGUGGUGCAGGAGUGGGCGCUGGGGCAGCACCCCACGGCCCAGAGGCUGCUGGAGGCCGCGCGGAACCUGACGCGGCAGGAGGGGAGGGAGACCAGGACGGCCAUGGCCAUCCGGGAGGCAUGCACCCAGUCGUUCAGCGCGGCGCGGGGCGGGCGCCCGGGCGCGGCGCGGCUGCUGCUGGUGGUGACGGACGGCGAGUCCCACGACGGCGACGAGCUGCCCGCCGCGCUGGCCGAGUGCGAGCGGCGCAACGUCACCCGCUACGCCGUCGCCGUGCUGGGGCACUACCUGCGGCGGCAGCAGGAUCCCCAGGAUUUCAUCCGGGAGAUCAAGUCCAUCGCCAGCGACCCCGACGAGAAGUAUUUCUUCAACGUCACGGAUGAGGCUGCCCUCAGCGACAUCGUGGACGCUCUGGGGGAUCGGAUCUUCAGCCUGGAAGGCACCCACGGCGACAACGAGAGCGCCUUCGAGCUGGAGAUGUCCCAGAUCGGCUUCUCCAUCCACCACCUCGAGGACGGGAUGCUCUUUGGGAUGGUGGGAGCCCACGCCUGGGAGGGGGGAGUGCUGGAGGAGCGGCGGCGCGGGCGCGUGGUGCCGGCGCGCGAGGCCUUCCAGGAGGAAUUCCCGCUGCGGCUGAGGAACCACGCGGCCUACCUGGGGUACUCGGUGUCCUCGCUGCAGCUGCCGGGGGGGCAGCGCCUGUUGGUGGCCGGAGCCCCCCGCUUCCAGCACAAGGGCAAGGUCGUCCUCUUCCAGCUGGACCCCUCGGGCGCCGUGACGGUGGCCCAGGCGCUGGUGGGGGACCAGAUCGGCUCCUACUUCGGCAGCGAGGUGCUGGCCCUGGACCUGGAGGGAGAUGGGGACAGCGAGCUGCUGCUGGUGGCAGCGCCCUCCUACCUGGGGGGGCAGGGCUGGGAGCGUGGCAGGGUCUACGUGUACCGGGUGGGGCAGGGCCGCCUGAGCCCCGCGGGGUCGCUGCUCCCCGAGGCGAGGCCGCAGCACUCCCGGUUCGGGUCCGCGCUGGGCGCCGUGCCCGACCUGGGCCAGGACGGGCUGGCCGGGGCCGUGGUGGGCGCUCCGCUGGAGGACGGGCACCGAGGGGCUCUCUACGUGUUCCACACCGCCCCUGGCACCCUGCUGCCCCGCCUAACGCAGCGCAUCGAGGCGGCCGCGCUGGGCUGGAGCCUGCGCUACUUCGUCAGCGUGGACGGACGGACGGACAUGGACGGGGACGGACUGGUGGACGUGGCCGUGGGGGCGCAGGGGGCGGCCGUGGUGCUGCGGUCCCGCCGGAUCCUGCGCGUGGCCGCGGCCGUGUCGGUGCAGCCGGCGGCCGUCAGCGUCACGCGGCGCAACUGCCGGCGCGGCGGCUCCGGCGCCGUCUGCCUGCGCGCCCGCCUCUGCUUCCGCGGCCACGGCCGCGGCCCCGGAGCCCCCCCCGGCCUGCCUGUGGCUCUCCGCUACAACGUGUCCCUGGAGGAGCAGCUCCCGGGCUCGCGGGCCGCCUUCGACGCGGGCGGCCGGCGGCUGCUGCGGCGCCGCGUGGAGCUCGCUGCGGGCGGGCAGAGCUGCGCCCGCGUGCCCUUCCACGUCCUGGACACCUCGGAGUACCUGCGGCCCCUGAGCCUCAGCCUCAGCUGGGCGCUGGACGCGGCCGCCGGGCCCGUGCUGGACGCGGCGGCUCCCACCUCGCUGCGCAAACUGAUCCCGUUUUUCAAGGACUGCGGCGACGACGACGAGUGCGUCACCGACCUGGUGCUCAAGGCCACCACGGACAUCGUGGGCUCCAGGCAGAGCCCCUACAUCCUGCGGAAGGGCCGGAGGAGGAUGCUGGUGGAGGUGGAGCUGGAGAACCGGCAGGAGAACGCCUACAACGCCAGCCUGUGGCUGCACCUGCCUGGGAACCUCCACUUCUCCAGCCUCGUGCUCCAGGAGCCCAGCUCGGUGAAGUUGGAGUGCUCAGCCCUGGGCGGGCACCGCCGGCGCUGCAGCGUGGGGUACCCCGUGUUCCGCUCGCAGGCCAAGGUGUCCUUCACGCUGGAGCUGGAGUUCAGCUGCUCCGUGCUGCUGGACCGCGCCGAGCUCACGCUCCGGGCCACCAGUGACAGCACCGAGGUGACGCCGCAGGACAACGAGGUCCGGCUGUCCGUCCCCAUCCGCUACGAGGCCAGCCUGUUCCUGUCCAGCACCACCACCCUGCACCGCUACGAGCUUCACCCCCUGGCCCCCCUCACCGCCAGCCCCGGCCCCGAGUUCAGCACCGCAGUCAAGGUGCAGAAUUUGGGGUGCUACCCCCUGGAGAACGUGACCCUGCACAUGGCCCUGCCCGCGCUGGGCCACGCCGGGGCCACCAUGCUGGCUGUCACCGAGGUGCUGCCCGACAACGCCACCUGCAGGCUGCACCCCCCCGAUAAAGGGACCCCGGUGGUGCCGGUGCCCCCCGAGGAGCUGCCGAGCACAGAGAGGCUGGACUGCUCCAACAGCCGCUGCCAGGAGCUGCGCUGCAGCCUGGCCGGGCUGGGCCGGGGCGGCGGCGCCGCCGUGCAGCUCCGCAGGAGCCUCCACGAGAGAUUCUUCAGCACGCUGAAAUUCCGGAGCCUGAGGAUCGUCAGCAGCGUCUGGCUGGGGGUCGGGGGGGGGCUGCUGGUGCUGGAGGAGGGGGCUCAGCGCAGGGAGCUGGUGCUGGAGGUGCUGCGGGGCCGCCGCGUGCCCGUGUCCCUCUGGAUCCUGGGGGGCAGCGCCCUGGGGGGGCUCCUGCUGCUGGCCCUGCUCAGCCUGGGCCUCUGGAGGCUCGGAUUCUUCUCCCACCCGAAGCCCUCCCGGCAGGAGGAUGAGGAGGAUGAGGACGAAGAGCACUGAGGUGACAGCUCUGCUGGUGGCACAAGGACAUCCCCGUGACCCUCUGGGCCACGUCCCAAGGUUUGGGAUCGGUGCAGGGAUGACAAGGACGCGCUGGAGCCCCCCGAGGAUGGAGCAGGGGACAGCUGGGCGUGGGAGAAGCGGGAACGGCCUGGAAUGGAGCAGCUCCAGCAAUAAAGCUGCAGCCUGGGGAACUGCUGGCAGCUGGAAUGUUCCUUCAUCCAGGGGGAAAACCUGGAAUGAUCCCAGAUGGGACACAGAGGGAGGGGGAGAUCCAAACCCCAGCCCCUGCUCGAAGCCAGGUCAAAGCCAGGCUCAAAUCCUGGUCAAAGCCAGGUCAAAUCCAGGCUCAAAGCCAGGCUCAAAUCCUGGUCAAAUCCAGGCCAAAUCCAGGCUCAAAUCCUGGUCAAAGCCAGGUCAAAGCCAGGCUCAAAUCCAGGCUCAAAGCCAGGCUCAAAACCUGGUCAAAGCCAGGCUCAAUCCCAGGCCAAAUCCAGGCUCAAAUCCAGGUCAAAUCCUGGUCAAAUCCAGGCCCAAAUCUAGGCUCAAAUCCUGGUCAAAGCCAGGCCAAAUCUAGGCUCAAAUCCUGAUCAAAUGCAGGCUCAAAUCCAGGUUCAAAACCAGGCUCAAAACCAGGUCAAAGCCAAGUCAAAUCCAGGCCAAAUCCAGGCCCAAAUCUAGGCUCAAAUCCAGGUCAAAUCCUGGUCAAAUCCAGGUCAAAUCUGGUCAAAUCCAGGUCAAAGCCAGGCUCAAAUCUAGGCUCAAAUCCAGGUCAAAUCCAGGCUCAAAUCCUGCUCAAAUCCUGGUCAAAUCCUGGUCAAAUCCAGGCUCAAAACCAGGCUCAAAUCCAGACUCAAAGCCAGGCUCAAAUCCAGGAUUUUGAGGAUCAGGAAUCUUGGAAUUCCUGAUUUCCAGCAGGAUGUGGAAGAGGGAAGAAGUGGAAGCAGGAAAUGAGUGGGGAAAAGAAGUGGAAAAAGGGAAAUUUCUGACCCCCUCCAGAAAUCCCCAUCACCAGGGCAGCUGGAAAUGCUGGAGAAGAGAAAAGCACUGGGAUAAAUUUAUAAAUCCAGCUGAAUUUUCCUAAUUUUGUAGAUCCAGGCCUGUCCUAGGAUUGGGGUGUCCCAGGGCAGGGAGGGAGGACAGGGACAAAGUGUCCAGGAGGUGUUGGGAUCCCCAACCUUGGGGGAAAACUGAGCAAAUCGGGGUUUUCCUUCCCAAAAAAGCUUUUUCUGAGCUCAUUUCUGCCCCCUCCCAAGCUCCUGCCCCAAUUUCCCAGCUCCAAGGAUGAUUUGGGAAUGGGAAUUCAUUGAGAAAGGCCUUUAUUGGACGGAAGAGCAAAGAAAAAUCAGGAAUUAAAUCCACGUGGGUGUGGAACCACUGAGCCCAAGGGGUUUGGGAACGUGGGAGGGGGGUCACAACGUCCCCCCCCAAAGGGCAGCCAGUGGAUCCCACGAGGAUGAGGAAAAUCCCAGGAUUCAGACCUGGAAAAGUCACAGGAAAUGGGAAACAAAACCCCCAAAACCACCAAAUCAUCAGGAAAAAGAAAGAGUUUCCUUAAGUUAUGGGGGGGGGAGUGGUCCAGAAUUCCUGCCUGGAAUGACUCGUGGGGGGGUUUGGACACACCUGGGGCCACAGGCAACGUGGAAAAGGGUCAGAAAAACCCCAAAUCAACCCCAAAAAUAGUCCAGGAUGAGCCAAAAUCCUGCUCAGAGCAUUCCUGAUACCACAGCGUCCCCAGAGCCUUUCCCGGGGGCUCCUGAGGGUCCAACCCCCCCCUAAGGAAGGCUUCCAGAACCUUCCUUCUCCCACCUGCCAUGAUUUCACAGACCCCCAAGGAUUCCAUCCCAAAACGGGGCAAUAAAAAUCUCUCGUGGCUGCAAUUCCAAUCUCCUGGAGUGCAGGAAGAUCCCAAAAAUCCCCUUUUUUUUACCCCAACCUUUUUCCAGAGAAGGCGACGAGGGGGGACUGGGAGCCCC